GGGCGCAGUGUGGUACCGCGGCGCGGAAUCCAUGCUCGCCGGUGCCGGCGCCGGCCUCGUGUCGAGCAUCGUCACCUGCCCGCUCGACGUCGUCAAGACCAAGCUCCAGGCCGGUGGCGCGAGCGGUGGAUCCGGUGGUGUCCUCGGCAUCACCAAGCACAUCUGGCUCAACGACGGCUUUCGAGGGCUGUACCGCGGCCUAGGGCCCACCGUCAUCGGCUACCUCCCGACCUGGGCCAUCUACUUCACCGUCUACGACCAGGUCAAGGGCCGUCUCUCCGAGAUUCGAGGUCCCGACGACCCGAUCGCCCACAUCAUCUCGGCCAUGACGGCCGGCGCGUCGGGCACGAUCGCGACCAACCCGCUGUGGGUCAUCAAGACGCGCUUCAUGACGCAGCAGGUGACGGCCGGCGAGAAGCGGUACCGCCACACGUGGGACGCGUUUGCGCGCAUCUACCGCGAGGAAGGGUUCCGCGCCUUCUACCGCGGCAUGCUCCCGAGCUUGUUCGGCGUCGUCCACGUCGCCGUCCAGUUCCCGCUGUACGAGCAGUUCAAGGUCAUGUCUCGACCAGCCGACGGCUCGGACAUCCCCUCGUCGACCAUCCUCGUGUGCUCGAGCGGCAGCAAGAUGAUCGCCUCGAUCGCCACCUACCCGCACGAGGUCCUCCGCACGCGCCUCCAGAUCCAGAAGCAGCAGCGCGCCAAAGCCUCCUCGUCGUCGGGUGCGAGUUCGACCCCGAGCGGCCCGGCGUUCGAGGGCGUCGUCAAGACGUACCACCGCAUCCUGCGCGAAGAGGGCGUCGCAGGGUUCUACCGCGGCCUCGGCGUCAACUUGCUCCGCACCGUGCCCGCGUCGGCCCUCACGAUCCUCACGUACGAGCUCAUCUUCCGCCACCUGCACCGCAUUGGCGAGCAGGCCGAGCAGGAGGCCGAGAAGGCGUACGCCGACAAGAAGAGGCGACGAGGCGACGAGUAGAGCCCUGCGUCCUCGCGUCGUCUAGAUCUCUUUCUCUUGCUUUCUCUCUCGCCUCUUGUCUAUACGCCCGCCUCGCACGCCGCCGGCCCACUCGAUACCCCUCGUCGCCCGUCGUCUGUGUAGACGUGCCCCUCCUUCCACCUUGUUGUCCUAACACGUCGUUUUCGCACCG